GUUUUUCAAUACAUCAGUGACACAAACGGAACUUAAGCGAGUCACUGGAGCUAAUAUUUCUAUGGACUGUCCCGUCCUGGGAGAUCCCGAACCACUUGUGUCCUGGUAUAGACAUGGCCACAAAAUGGCCUCUUCCAAUCGGUCUGUGGUCCUGCAUACACUUGGCGUUCACGACGCGGGAACGUACAAGUGCACGGCUGUCAGUGCAGCAGGAUUUGCUGAGUUGAAUAUCUCACUCACAGUGCAGGUGCCACCAACCCUACGUAGUGAUGGCUACAGAGAGGCUGUCACUGCCACAGUCGGCAGCGCCGUGCGUCUCUCGUGUGAAAGCCAAGGAAUCCCUGCGCCGAUUGUCACGUGGAAGGAUUGGAACGAACGGUUGGUGGAGACAAGUGAGAGAGCUGAGACCGUCGGUCAUUCCCUGAACUUUCCUCGUGGCGUACGACUGGAGGACGCCGGGGUGUACACCUGUGUGGCGCAGAACGAAGCCGGUCUGAUGGAACGAAGAGUCAAUCUUACGGUUGUCGCUCCCCCGUCCAUCGAGAACCACACAAAGUCUACUCUCGAGGUGACCAUCGUCGAAGGUCAGGCCGCCCUCCUGCAAUGCUCCGCAUCCGGGACACCAUCACCCAACGUAACCUGGCUAAAAGACGGCACCCCUCUGGAGUCUACUAAGCAUGCCCAGCAGAACGCUUCUGCGAGGAUACGCAUCAUUUCAAAGAAUGGCAGCGCCCUCUGUAUAGAUGCUGUUGACCUGAGCCACUCUGGUCGUUAUGUGUGUUUGGCCAAUAACGAAGCGGGAACAGCAACUCUGACCUACAAUCUACAAGUGGUAGUCAUUCCGUUUUUCCCGAGCGGCGAUCCGGCUGUGAGUGAACACAAGGUGCUCUUGACACAUCCCUUUGCUCUCACUUGCGACGCUAUGGGUGUCCCCUACCCGUCGUUCGCCUGGUAUCAGGAUGGCAUUCCCCUGCCCUCUGACGUCUCGACUAACGUCAUUAGCAACCAGCUCCACAUCAUGUCGGCAAGCGCAGGUGCUACGGGUCGUUACUGCUGCGAAGCGAGCAACGUUGCAGGAUCUACGCAGCAGUGCUUCAAUGUCACAGUACUAGUGCCACCGCAAAUCUUCGAAAGCAACUUCCCGAUCUCCAUCUCGUCCGUAUCAUGUCACCCCGUUGCAAUGGAAUGUCCCGCAACCGGCGUCCCACAACCAUCCAUCGUUUGGUAUAGAUCGGGAAGUGAAGACGUCCUCCUGUCUGAGGAAAAGGUGCUGAAACUACCAGAUGUGCAGCCGUCGGACACGGGAAGCUACACGUGCAAAGCGACUAACGAAGUGGGAAUCGCGUUGCAGGAGUUUGUCUUAUCGGUGCUAGUCCCGCCGAAAAUUCGGCGUUUCAGCAAAACGAGGAGAGUAGCGGCAGGGGAGAGGCUCGCCCUGGAAUGCAUAGCCGACGGCUAUCCGCCUCCCAGCUUCACCUGGUCGUGGGACGGUCCCUUCACCCUUCGUCGGACGUUUCCCGUUCUGUCCUUUGACGAAGUUACCAAGGAACAUGAGGGGGAAUACACUUGCGUGGCUGCCAAUGAAGCUGGCACCGAUCGAAGAACAGUCGCUCUGCUCGUAUCUGUGCCACCGACGAUACAAAGUAGCAGCGAAGAUGUCGCGACGAGUCUCGGACAGCCCGCUAUCUUGACCUGUAACGCCGUGGGAGACCCGCAUCCAAAUGUCACCUGGUACAAGGAUUCUGAGGUGCUGAAGGAUGAUAGCGAAGUGUACGAAAUCCUUCCGAACGGGCUGUACAUCUACAAGGCGUCAACAUCUGACAGCGGUAAAUACGUGUGCACGGCAGAGAACGGCGUAGGAGUUGCUCAUGCCACCAGGAAACUGCGUGUUUUGGAGCCUCCGGCUAUUUUAACACAUUCACAGGAUGAGAAAGCUGUAAUUCAAGGGCAUGAAAUCUCUUUGACGUGCAAAGCGCACGGUAAUCCGCCCCCGAUGGUGCGAUGGGUUCACAAUGGAGCGCCCGUGAACGCGUCAAGUUCGAGGGUUAUUUUAGUCAACGACAAAGAACUGCAAAUUCCCUUUGCCCAGCCCGAGGACACAGGAGAGUACAAAUGCGUGGCUGAGAACGAAGCCGGAUCUGACACCAGGACGACGUUGGUGAAAGUUCACGUUCCGCCGAAAAUACUGAGAGACGAGAAUGAAGAGAGCGAGGUGACGUCCCAAAGAGGAGCCCAAGCGACUCUGCACUGCAGCGCCGAAGGGAAUCCACCGGCACAUAUUUCCUGGUCACGUGAAGGGGACCAAGUUGUGAGCUCUCGGGCAGAAGUGCAGCCGUCGGGGGACCUUGUCCUGAUGUCUCUUCAGGCAGAGGACACCGGUACUUACACAUGUACGGCGAAAAAUUCAGCAGGCACCGAUGAGAAGCUGGUCUCGCUCGUGGUCCUGGUACCACCAAGCAUCAUCCGGUUACCACGUGACACUGAAGUCGGUGUCGGAGACCGACUCGAGCUUGAGUGUGAGGCGGACGGAACACCCACUCCUCAUAUCGCUUGGAUGCGGGAUGACAGCGAACUGUUGAAUGACGCUGUGUUGAAGCAAGACGAAACAAUGAGCAUACUGUCCGUCGACCCUGUAUCUCAGCAAGACGGAGGCAUGUACGCAUGUAUUGCAGAGAACAAGGUUGGUCAGCGUAAAGCAAUGGCACAAGUCAAAGUGAGAGUGCCGCCAAAGAUCCUCGAGCAUCCGUCGCCUCAAAGAGUGCCCGAAAACAGCACAAUUACUUUGAAUUGCUUAGCAGACGGUGACCCGCUUCCUCAAGUGUUCUGGCUUAAAGACGGAAAGCAGCUGCAUUUUGAUGAACACUUCAGCCAGCUGCAUAACAAUACGCUUCUUGUACAGUUUAGUCAGAUUACGGACAGUGGUCAGUACAGGUGCGUGACGGCCAACAAGUACGGUGUAGCCGAAGCCGUAGCAGACGUGACUGUAACGAAAGAACCGAUCUUGCUGGUGGCUCCACUGGGAGGAGUGACUGACAUCGGGUCCUUGCUCACUUUGGAUUGCCACGCUGUCGGAGAGCCGAGCCCCCAAGUUAGCUGGAAACUGGAUGGCAGAGACGUCGUACAGGGAGGAAGGCUAUCGGUGUUCCCUAACGGAACCCUCAGGAUCUUGGCUGUUCAAGAGGAAGACGAAGGUGUUUACCGGUGCUCGGCUAAUAGUUCUGCUGGAUCGUCGUCUGCUUCAGCUACGGUCGCUGUCAGAGUUGAUGGCAGAUGGUCACUUUGGGAACCGUGGAGCCAGUGUCCUGGACUCUGUGGCGGCAAGAGAGUCCGCAAAAGGCUCUGUAACAACCCCGAGCCUCGCAACGGCGGAAAAGUUUGUGACGGGCCAGAUCGAGAAUAUCUUCCCUGCGUGUCGUGUGAAGGUAGUGCCUGGACGGAAUGGGAGGCGUGGACGGUAUGCAGCGCCACCUGUGGUCGUGGGAUACGCUACCGAAGGCGCCGAUGUCAAGUUCCCAACGAAUCCACUGUAAAAUGUCCCGGUCCAGACAAGGAGACGGAGGAAUGCAUUAUUGCAGAAUGUCCAGUGCAUGGCGGCUGGAGCGAAUGGAGUGACUGGAGCUCAUGCAGCUCCACCUGUGGGACGGGACAAAAAGAGAGAACCCGCCAGUGUGACUCUCCUCAUCCGGAGCACGGGGGAAAUAAAUGCCAGGGAGAAACGUCGCAGUUCACGACUUGCAACGAAAGGCCAUGUGAAGUGUACGGAUCGUGGAGCCAGUGGUCUUCCUGGUCUCAUUGCAGCGUCUCCUGUGGCGGCGGUACCAAAAGCCGCACCCGUACUUGUCAUGCUCUUCCUCCUUCCAUAGGCGGAAGAUCCUGCAUCGGAAACGCCAUCCAGGUGGACUUCUGCAAUCCACAGUCUUGUCCAAUUCAUGGCGACUGGUCCAACUGGUCUCGAUGGGGACAAUGCUCUGUCUCUUGUGGAGGAGGGAAGCGAAGGCGGUUCAGGACGUGCAACAAUCCCGUCCCAACCCACGGGGGAAGGUCAUGCAUGGGUGACGACGCUGACGAAGCCGACUGUGCUUCGACACCCUGCCCAGGGUCUCUGAGCUACACUGAGACGCGGGAGGAAGGGUUGGAAGAGCUUCGCCAAAUGCCCGUCACCUCUCAGAUUUGUCCCCCAGGUCAUAUCUGGAAUGACGGAGUUUGUCAAGAUAUAAACGAAUGUCUGGUAGAGGAGAUCUGCCAGCAUCAGUGCCUGAACACCGACGGAAGUUACAACUGCCUCUGCCCUCACGGAUACCGCGUAUCGGACGACGGAGUUACCUGCCAAGAUAUUGAUGAAUGCACUGAGCAUCAUAUCAUCACCUGUGAAGAAGGACAAAGUUGUUUCAAUAUCAGAGGCGGUUAUAAGUGUAUCGACUUGUCUUGCCCUCCUGGUUACCUGCGCGAUGCAGAAGACGGCCCGUGCAAGCUGAACUGUCAACGAUCUCAAGAUAACUGCUCACACGGGAAUCCGGACAUCGUGGAAUUCAGGACGGCUGCCCUUCCAAGCGGUGUCGAGGCGGGUGCUGACGUCAUCAGAGUGGCAGCGUACGCUCACGGCGGGGAACUUUAUCCCAACACAACUUUCACGAUGCUCUCUGCUGACCUACCGUUCUCUGUGAGCCAAAAGAACGGCUACGGAUUUGUGCGGACAUUGUACGAGCCACCGCCUGGAGCGCUGUACCGCGUGACGUUACAGGCUACGUCACGCGACCGCACGAAUGCGACGAAUUUGUUCACUACGCGCAUAAUUGUGUUCAUUUCUAUCUCCAGGUACCCUUACUAGCUUUUCGUGAGAGCAUUUCGAUGUACACUCUUAGAAAAAAGGGUGGGGCAGUUACACCUUUUAGGAGGUAACAGUUGUUGCAUAUGUUGUUCUAUCUGUUACCUCGCUCUUAAAACAGAAGUUCACCGCAGAGCACGAUGUUUGACAACCAUUGCCACGAAUGAUAUAGGGUUACACGAGUGAUAGGGUGAGCGAGGGGGAAGGGGGCGUACGCCUUUUUGUAGCAAUUUGGAUAUACAUGAUAAUUGCUUUUACCGUCCCUUUUACACCCUUUAUCAGACGCUAUAUAUGUUGACUAUAUGGAGGUUACCACCUCCUCACACCCUUUUUUCUUAGAGUGUAUAGUCACGUGCGAAUACAGAUGGGAUUUGUUUUGUUGACUCUAUUCGAUCUGAUUUGGAAAGUAUGUUCGCUGUGUUUCGGUAGGAGGGGCUGCGACACGUUCGUGGGUGCGUUUCUCUGCGACACACACGCAUUGUACAGGGAUUGUAUAGAAAUAAAGGACGCCAACGUCUCCGCA